CCUCCUCUUCCUCCUCUUCCUCAGGUGACACGCGGUAUGUUUGGUGCUAACCGGAAGAAGUUUAUGGAGGGAGGGAUAGAGAGCGACUACGCGGACGACUCCAGCCUUUAUUACACCCAACAGUCCAUGUUCCCUCCGCACCGCGCUGACAAAGACAUGUUGGCGUCUUCCUCUGCUUCCUCAACGGGUCAGCUGUCGCAGCUCGGAGCCAGUUUAUAUGGCCCGCAGAGUGCUUUGGGGUUUCCCAUGCGGAGUAUGAACAGCAGCGCGGCGCCUCAGUUAAGUCGAAGUGGGUUGAACCAGUCUGCCAGUCAGCUCCCCAGUCACGCCAGUACACAGAACACUGGCUCGAUGCACACGCCUCCCUCGCCGAGCAGGGGUAUUUUGCCAAUGAACAGCCGGAGCGUGUUGAACCACAGCCAGCAGGUCGGGGGUCCGACGGGGCAGACGGGCGGGAUGGUUGGGGGAGUAGGAGGAGAGAGGGGAGGCGGCGGUGUCGGGGCAGGGAGGAGCAGCAGCAUGGGGAGCCCGAGCCGGUCGUCACCCAGCAUCAUCGGCAUGCCCAAACAGCAGCAAGCACGGCAGCCUUUCACUAUUAACAGUCAGGUGCUUCCUGACGGGCGUGUGACCAACAUCCCGGUCGGCAUGGUAACGGACCAGUUCGGGAUGAUCGGUUUGCUGACGUUCAUCCGGGCAGCGGAGACGGACCCCGGCAUGGUCCACCUGGCGCUGGGCUCCGACCUCACCACGCUCGGCCUCAACCUCAACUCACCUGAGAAUCUCUAUCCUAAGUUUGCGUCUCCCUGGGCGUCGGCUCCGUGUCGACCGCAGGACAUAGACUUCCACGUCCCCUCAGAGUAUUUAACCAACAUCCACAUAAGGGACAAGUUAGCAGCUAUCAAGUUGUCUCGGUAUGGUGAAGAUCUGCUGUUUUAUCUCUACUAUAUGAACGGAGGAGACCUAUUACAACUCCUGGCUGCAGUAGAACUGUUUAACAGGGACUGGAGGUACCAUAAAGAGGAGCGGGUUUGGAUCACCCGGGCUCCGGGUAUGGAGCCCACGCUGAAGACCAACGCCUACGAGAGAGGGACCUACUACUUCUUCGACUGCCUCAACUGGAGGAAGGUGGCCAAGGAGUUUCAUCUGGAGUAUGACAAACUAGAAGAGCGACCUCACGUUCCCUCCACAUUCAACUACAAUCCUGCCCAGCAGGCCUUCUGAUUGGCUCUACCUCCUCCUGCCUGCCUGCCAUUGGCCCUCCUGGCUCGUCAGUCGUCACCCGUCUAGGUUUUUCCACCUCCACACACUCAAAGUGAAUCUGGCCAAUGAGGACUCGGGACGGGAGAGGACGUCCUGGCUCCUGCUCGCCCAAACACUUCACUGAAUAGACUUUAUGAUUUUAACUUUUCUAAAUUUUUGUUUGUUCUUUACCUCAUUUUCUUUCUUUUUUUUAUUUCCCCACCCCUCCCUCCAUGAGUUUGGUUUGGUUGGUCUGUUAUGUGGAGCACAGACUUAAUGUCAACAGACAGCACACACCGACACGAGCGCUGUAAAUAACUGUCCAUCUGAUCGAGUGAUUCAUGUUUCUAUUCAGUCUUAAGAAUUGACUAUUUUUUGUCUAGAGAAGCUUUUAAGAAGAACCAGAUUUUAACACAGAAUAAAAUCACCUGUCAGGAUGGAUAAUUAUUUCGUGCAUACGUUGUGUCACACCCCUCUGAGCUUUGGCGGGAACUGAAAAUAUUUAUCUCUUACUUUUACCAGGUUGUUUUCCAGCAUUACAAAUCAGAACUCACAUCAGCAGACAGACAGCGGAGAGUCAGGAGAGGAAAUGCAAUGUACAUUGUAGCACUAUUUCAUAAUAAAAGAAGAAAAAAUA